UAUGGAUAGCUUGAUUAUAAAUAACUCGCGGUAUCUGGCAGAAUACUGAGCUGCGUGUUAUUUAUCCGAUCAGGAUUUUUUUCCCUUCUUGCUUGAUUCAUAAAAUAUUGUGCUUUGUCCAAAAGGAUAUAUGGUGUAUGAAAUAAAUUAAUUCUUACGAAAAACAAAUUAUGCGAUGAAAAGUAUAGUGAGAAGAAAAUAGCGGAUAAAUUUUCUUGUGUUUAGAAAUUUCUACAGCAUAAAUUAUCAUACCAUUUGGAUUUCCGGAUUAGGAAUAGACUAUUUUUUGGUUUUCUGGAAAGAAAAAUGAAUCAUACAAGACAGUUUUCCUAACAAGGUAUUAUUGUACUGGAAAUAUUUCUUUAGAUAUAAAAAGUUUCGCAUUUAAAAUUCCGAAAUGAAAUUCGUUUUUCUUAAGUGGAAAUGGAAAAGUAAACUUGGGUUUAUAAAUAAUUAUCUUUUGGUUUAAUAACAAAUUGAUUGUUUGCUUUUAACUGAAGCAUUUCUUAAAUCUUCUCAAUAAGACUGUUUUCACUGAAGAGACAAAAAAUAGUUUCUGGAAUUGAAUUUAAAAGACAAGGAAUUUUCUUUCAAGUUCAAAAAGACUAGAAAAAAAGAAAGAAAUCAUCCGUCACUUUUAAAAAGCUGCACGAAAAUAAAGACUGGUCUCGAAAAGUUUUAGAAAAGUAAAAAAGUAAAGAUAAAGAAUGAAUAUUGAACUAAAAAAAAUAUAGAGUUCAGCAAGAAAAAGAGUGUUUUCCGAUCUUUUGGAUCUAGGAUUCUAGAUGCGCCUAAAAUAUAAAUAGUCAAUUUAUUAGAAAUUAAUAUAUUGGAAGAGAAAGAAAGCAGUCUUUUGGCAGAUAUUAAACUGGCGUUCUUAGAAGUAAAACGGAUCGUCUGUGAAGCAAAAAUUUCCUUCAAGCUAUCAGAAGUACAUUUUAUGAAAUUUAGUAAGCAUUCAUAUAUUAUUUCAAUGAUUGUUUUAAGUUCGGAUCAAUAAAUUCUUUUGCUGCAAUACCUUCGAAUUGUGUACGGAAAUUUGCGGAAGGACAUACACGAGGAAGUGGUUGGACAAACUUGAGCACGCUUCAGAACUCUUUAAAACCAUCUUUAAUAAAGAAAAGCGAGGAAAAUCCUUUAAAAUAAAGAAGAGAAAUUCCAAAAAGCAAACACCUUCCACCUUCUGAUAGCAGAAAAACGUGCGAGACUUCAACUUGCAUACUUCAGAAUUACCCAUUCGAGAAAUUGACUCUAUGCAUGGUGCGGAAAACAACACGGCUUAGCAAAUCCUACCGAUGAAAAUUGCCGAUUAUAUAUACCAGCGCCAUCCUUUUCUCUUCCCCCACCUCUCCGCUACUACGACUCCCUUCCUCCGAGAUUCCACAUACUCAAAACGUAGCUUCAUUUUUCUCAAACAAACCCAAAAUUGAUUGAAUGGUUGGGGUACCACUUCAAUUCGGAUAGCUUUUGCUGCAAGAGUUGGAUUGUUCUGGACUAAUCUUGAGUGAUCUGUUGCGCAACUGCAACAAAGAAAACACAGAAGAUUUCUUAACAAAUGUUCGGAUUUUAUUCAGCAACUUGGAAGUAAGUUAAUUACGACUCGGUUGUGAUUUUUUUUCUCUCGGACGUUUUUUUUUUUUAACUGCGGAAGGUUCUAAAGUUGUUAACAUCGUUUUGUGUAAAUACGAUUUUAAUGCUCCAGAAGUUUGGUGAUUAUUAUAUAAGCUUUGGUGUCACUGAGGAAGUUUUCAUCAUAAUUAACAAAUAUAGCUCAUGGAUUACUUUGUUGAUGUUUAGUUUAACAAGCUGGAGAGAAAUCUGGUAAGUUAUUUAGAAGCAAAACAAAUGCUAACUGUGUUCUCAAGUAAAUGAUUGCAGAUUCUUUUAACUAACUGCCUAACUAAAACAUAUUUGGGAAACUGAAGUCAGUAUUUUCAAGUACUGUCCUUGAAAUCUACCAAUAAUAUAUGAUCCUUUUCUUUGCGAAGUGAAAAGCCGUUUCGACGAAUCACAGAAUGACAAAUCCAAUUAAGGAAAGCAUAAUAGAACGAUUUUUAAGAACUCUGUAGGGAGAAAAUUCUGAAAGUAGACCCUAGCAGUGGGGUCGAGAGACUUUACCAGUCCGCUAAAGAGUGUGAGUGACCUCUGGCGGUGAAAUUUCAGAUCACACAGUGACCCACCAAGUUGAGCUCUACACCGGAAGGAAUUUUUUAUUUCUCAGCCACCACGGACCGCUGGACUUUUGUUUUCUUGAUUGCGUAGUUCCUCCUGGCAAAUAAGAGCGCAUGAUGAACAACAGCAUGGAUAGAAGAGAGUUAGUGGUCAGCCAUGGAGGCAACUUGACGUCUAUCGCUAGUAUUGUGCCUACCGGAACAACGUUCAGCACAGGAGGCCGCCUUACACAUACUCCUAAUGAAUUUCAACCGCCUUAUUUCCCUCCUCCUUAUAGUCUGCCACAGACGCAGCUUGAUUUCCAGUCAGAUCCUUACGCACAUUUGAAUAGCAUCAAUGCCACUACUCCUCAGAAUUACCAUCAUCAACUGCAUACAAGCCCACGCAGUCUUUUCAAAAGGGAGGAUGAAGCAUCUUUGCAUUUGCAGACGAACAUGCUGCCAGUAUCGUACGCCGACACGACCCGCCGGACGGAUGUUUCAUCGUACGCUAGGCGGCCGGAUAUAUUGGUGCAUUCAGGGCAUACCCUUACAGAACAGGACCUCAUCACUCUUCAGAAUACAGGAGCCUUACCCGUGCUGGACGACGGACAGACGUACCACCAAAAUUUGACCUUUACCCCAUGGAUGAACUCAAAUAAUAUAUUAGUACUACGCGAGAUGGAUAACGUGAAGACUUCUGCGGUUGACGAAGCAAUAUUUUCCUCAGAACACAACAGUGUCAUCAGAAAAGCUGCAUUCCUCGUUUCAGGAAUCAAACAACGCACCAACAACGAAAACAAUCACAAGGACAUGAUGCUUUCCGGCAUAACAUCGGCGCAGGACGUCUUCUGUUCCGUUCCAGGGCGGCUAUCCUUGCUCAGUUCCACUUCCAAGUACAAGGUGACAGUUGGAGAAGUACAGCGGAGGCUUUCUCCACCAGAAUGUCUCAAUGCUUCCCUUCUAGGAGGUGUCCUCAGGAGGGCCAAGUCUAAAAACGGGGGCCGUUCGCUGCGUGAGAAGUUGGAUAAGAUCGGCCUCAACCUGCCCGCGGGCAGACGGAAAGCUGCCAAUGUCACUCUUCUCACAUCCCUUGUUGAAGGGGAAGCAAUCCAUUUGGCCAAGGAUUUUGGGUAUGUCUGCGAUACAGAAUUUCCGUCCAGGCAAGUAGCCGAGUAUCUCUCAAGGAACUACACUGACCCGUCCAUAGUCUAUAAAAGGAAACAAGAGCUCAUAGAUACAAGGGAAAUCAUCAAAGAAUUUGCAGAAUUCCUUGCUCAGGACCGUUCUCCAAUCUGCAACACGAAGCUCAAUCCGAUUCUUCCUGCCUCUAUACAGCGCCAUCUAACUCAUUUCUCUCUCAUCACUCAUGGAUUCGGCUCCCAUGCUAUUGUGUCUGCUCUGUCUGCUGCCCAAAACUAUAUAAACGAAUCCAUCAAGUACCUCGACAAACAACUAGCCAAUUAUCAACAGGCUGCAGUUUCUGCAGCUGAUGUAAGUAGUCUCGUUAUUGAAGCCAAAAAGGAAGACCAGAAAUGAACUGCCAAUUUGGCUAGUCUGCCAUAUUUUCGUAUUUUCGUCUAUUCGUCAGAUUCAGAAUACGUGGCUUUCUUUAAUUGCUCAAGAAAAAAAAAUCUUUUAAAGUACAUCCUCUGGCUGCCUGGACUGCCUUUAAAUGGAUUCUUAGUCGUAGGCCAGUGGCUGACAUCUACUUUCUUAAGAGAUUUCGUUUGGUACUCAGCAUGCUGACUGCUCAACUCAUCUUUUACGCAUCAUUCCAAGAAUCACUUGUGAUUCUUCUCCUGAGGACAUGUUUUUAUUUUACGACGGAAAGGAGCACGAAUCUUCUCGUUGCUGUUUUUUACCUUUGUGGAUGCCAAACUUUCAUUUUAUGACUAUAUAUUUUACAAGAACAAAGACCACAAAGUUUUCUAUGGUGGAAAAAAAAAAAGAGAUUUAUUAAAGGCAGUUUUCGAAUCUUUGCUCAAUCAUUUUUAGCGGACGCGGAUCCAUACUGCUCAGACGAUAUAUCUGUACUCAAAAUACUUUCAUUUCGAGGUGCUCAAGAAGAUUGAGAGAAAUUUUAUUGUUAAUGAAUAACCCUUCCAAAAUUCAUUUUGAAAGAGAAAAAUCCGUCCUUUAACUCCUUAGAAUUUUGAAUGUGUCAUAAUUUAGGAGUUUCUUCAUAUCAGGAUAAUCUGCCCAAGAAGUGGAUUUAGAAGCUUUGAAUUGUGUAUGUAAUUAAGAAUUCAGAAACUAUGCAUAGAAGUUAUUUGCAGUUCAGCUGCGAGUAGAAUAUUUGACAGCUUGUAUAAAUUAUGAUGAUGGUAGUCCACAUCCCAAAAGAAGUCAUAUUUUUUCAUCUAUUGCUUUGACACAAAUUUGUAUUUUUAUCCUUCAAAUCAUAAAAAUCCUUUGGAAUUUUAUUUUAAAUUGCACCAUUGAUUUAGGUGCCAAACUACUUUAAAUAUCGUAAUUUAUACCAUAAAGUCAAAAAAAUAAUAUAUUUGAAUAUUUCGUACAUAAAGGAUGACAGCUGGACUUGUUUUCUGCAUGUAUUACUUAAAUAAAUUGCUACGUUACACAGCAAGUCAUCCAACAAAUUUACGGGUACUUAAAUCAACCAACCAGUCUUCCAUUUUUAAUGAAUAAACUGUUCAGUAUUAUGCAAAUCAGAAUUGAGCCUUUUUUUAAAGUUGAAUUCGCAUGUGUAAUGAGAUUUUGCUGUUGGAUAAUUUGAAUACUCUUACUGCUAAUCCAGUCUGCCACAACAGAAUGGAUUGGGUAAUUAUAGGGUAAGAAGAUUUGUAUUUCUGGUUACGAGUAUUAGAAUGUUAGAAAAACGUAAAUAUAUUACAAUUUGACUGAUGGUCAAUCAAAAAUUAACAUAUUCUAAAUCUAAAAAGCAAAACUUGAAAUAAUUUGCAAAUAUCUAAUUAAAUGUAUUUAUCUUUCUCGCAGAAUUUUGGAUUAUAUUUAGAUCACACAAAAAAAGCAGUAUUAAUGAAUUUGUUGCAGAGGGAAAAGGUAACAAAUCAUCAUAAUAAAAAUUAGCGAUAUCUAAGUUUAAUGAAAACAAAGUUUUGCAUACUGAAAAAAAAAAUAUAUUAUUCUAAACAGAUAAAAAUGAUUAAUAUUGCUUUGGUUUUUUAUGAGAUUCACUGGUAUUUCUGUGUUCAGAUAUUUUUUCUAUUAAUAAAUUUCUUUACUUUCUUAUGAUCUAAAAUUUGAAAAUAUGCAGCCUGUUAAUGCAUUGAGACUUCUGCAUGUGACUGUAUCUGCUAAUACCGUUGCAUAUUCAGUAUAUUACAACUGUAUUUCACUUGUCUACAUUUAAGGUGGAGAUUAUUCAGAACUGUUUUUUAUAUAAAUAUAGCUGCUAUUAUUUUGUAAUUUUUAUUCUAAUCGCAUUCCUUCUUCAGAAACGUACUAAGAGUGUAACCUUGCUUCAAUUCUCAGUUUUUCAGGCAUUAUUUGUUGAAAAAUGGCUAAACUUUCUUUUAAGAUGCCGUAAUUUUGAUUAUUAUUUUGCUUUGAGAAGAAUAAUAUGUUUCAUCUAAAAAUGUUCAGCAUAUUUUUCUUUUCUAUUACCUCAUUCACCUCAGCACUUUUAUUCAAAUAACGCUUUUGCUUCUUCCGCCCUCCCAAAAAAAUCUUUUUCUUGAAAUCGUGGUAAUUAAAUAUCCAAAUACUUUUUUUACUUCUGCUAUUUCUGUACAAUUUAAUCAUUUGGUAUGUUAAAUACAUAAAUUUACUUUAUAUUAUUUGCUUUUGUGACUGGCCGUUCUAAUUUAUUAAUUAGAGCUGGCGUAUUUGAUUUCAUAAAUACACAGAAACCUUCAUUCACGAACCUAUGUCGUUCCUGAAGACAGUGCUUUAUCUUAAAUAUUCAUAACCCGAAGUAGUUUUUUCCAUAGGAAUUAAUGCAAAAUGAAUUAAUUCGUUCCCUUAUCUGAAAGGUGGUUUAUAAAAGAGUAUUUUCUAACUACGUUUGCAAUGCAAAAAAACAAUGGAAUUCAUUGGAUCUAACAUAUAAUGCAUUAUCAACAUAUGCACAAUAUUAAGUACAAUACCAAACAUAUAAAACUUAAAUUAAAUUUUACCUGAUGUCUAGGAAGGAAAGUUGACGGCCUAAGUAGAAGACAAUUAACAAACCAACGGUACAAUAUACUGUUUUGGAAGAGAAAUCCCAGAUAGCUACUGUCUUCCUGGGGAUUUUCUUUUUUCCUUUUACAUCACUCGCCUGUACUUAAGAAUCACUAAAUCACUGUCCCAUUAGAAAAUUUGUCUUUUAUGAUUUGUUUCUGCCUGUGUUUUAAAAUGUUCCUAAAGCAAAAUAUAGCAUUAUCAUUGUAAAUAUUUAUGCUACGGCUUACUACUGCUUUAUCAGGAUGAUAAUGAUUCUUACCCUACUUUGCACCCUUUUCGAAAAUCAAAUAACUAGGAAGAUCUGCCUUUCCGUCUUCUUUCGAAGACAUUUCCUCCACUGCAUUAUCUGCAUUUUGGAGUAUCAUUUGUUACCGCCUUACUUGUUGGUUUCUCGAGACAUCGUUCGUCGAAAUUUUACAGUAUUUUGGCAUUUUAUCUAUAAUUAUCAUUUCUGUACUGCAUAUUUUUGUCUCGUUUUUUUCUGAGAAGCACAUAUAUUCCUUUAUUUUCAGUAACGCAUAAAAUUUCAGUAUGUUUCUUCAUAAACUGGGCCAUUGCUUGCCUUUUCAGUAAAGACAGAACCUAUUGCUUCGUCUCUGUUAAAUGCGCAUUUAUAUCAUUUUCAACUAUUUUUCAUAGCACUUUGUUUUAAAAUUCAUUAAAAAUAUAUCACCUGAAACUGUUACAUUUAGUGUUACAAAAUGCAACAAUCGUCUCAAAGGGUUAGGAUAUUUAUUUUAAGAACGUCUUUAACAUUUUCUUGAAUUUCUGCAUUUAAAACUUUAACUGAUUUGCCUCGUAUUUCAAGUUUUGCUCUUAUGAACGGCAAGAAUGAAUUUCUAUACCUUUCCAAGUACUACAGUAUUAAUAAAAUACAUGUAUAAAUCAUCAAAAAGAUUUAUGUCAUUGAAUUAUUAAUAUUAUCAUUUUCCUUGAGAGUAAAGUUAUUCACACAGCAGUAUUUUCAAGCUAAAUUUUGGUUGAAGCAAAUUGAGUAGGAAUUUUUUUUUUUUUUUUUUUUCUAAUAGGACCUUUUUUUUUUUUUGCAACUUAGGUAGGAAUACUUAAAAGCCUUUGAGGGAAAAUGGAACUAAUGCUCAUCAGAAAUCUAGUGUAACAUAUGAAAUUAAUGCCUGUUUUCCCUACAAAGUAACGACCUAGUUACAAACUGUUUUUGUCAUUUGCCAAAUCUGUACUUAAUUUGCCAUAAUUGUGUUUUGUGUACAAAUGAUACCUUCUCUGUUCUGUAUUAUGUGGCAUUAUUUUCUAUGCAAAUAAUUUGUAUAAAAGAGAAGGUUAUUAUAUAAUUAUUAUAUUAUUUUUACUAUUACUAUUUUAUUUUGUGUUCAGUUGAAGGCUUCGCGAGAUAUGUUGAGGAUUAUGGGUAUUUGACAUGCAUAUUAUGUUUCGUGCAAUGUUUUAUUUUAUGUAAAACUAAUUUUUUUGUAAAAUAUCCAUUUUAAGGGAGCCAAGAAGUAAAGUAACUGAACGGUUGUGUUUGUCUACCAUUCCUUUGGAAAAUGUGUAUUGUUGUAAUGUAAAUGUGUAUGUUUUUUUUUUUUUUUUUUUUUUUUUUUUUUUUUUUUUCAGUAUUUUGUUUGAAUACUGUAGGCCUUCUGCAGAAAUCAAAAAAUGUCUUUAUUAUGGUCAGGGCAGCUAUUGUACUAUUUAUGUUAAAAACUCGUAUAAAAACUCACGUGUGUCUCUUUGUUAACGUUUUUUUGUUCAUCCUGAAUAUGUAUUUUUAAAAUGUGGAAUGAAAAAUUCAAAAAUUGUGUUUAAUCUGACUUUUUUAAUGCAUUCAAUUAAAAAAAGUAACACUUUCUUCUAUGUGUUCAAUUUCAGUAUUGGAACAAUAUCUAGAAUUAAUUUUUUGAAUAAUUUAAAUAUAUGAAUACAUAAAAAUAUUAAAUGUAAAAGUAUUAGUUUUCUAUCAAAUUUGAUUAAUGAGUUGAUUAUUCAAAAGCUGAUCGUAUUUGAAUUCCACUUCAUUCACGAACUAGAAAUAUUAUAUAUUUAAUGUAAUCGUAUAUUGAAUACAUUAAUUUCUAAUACUUAAUUUUAAUUUAUUAUAAAACUAUUUAGUCAUUUCAAAUUACGGAAUGAUUUCCAGAUUUAAAUCAAAUUCCACUUUUAUAUAUAUCGAGUAUUGCAUUUGUUGAUUCUGAAUAUUAGCCAAAAAUGUCGCCGUUGGCGUUGCAUUUUCGUUACAAAAGAACAGCAUAACCUUGACUGAAAUUCAUAACUAAUGUCCAUAAUUUUCUUUCCAAAUAUGACACGUUUUAUGCAUAUGAGCUCAUGAAUGACGAAGCAGCCCUAAAGCCAAGCAAUAUCUGUAUUUAGCAUAAAAUCAAAACCAGAUGUUUUUAUGCAAAUGUUGUGAAUAUGAGUGUCUCAUCCUUGUAUACAUUAUUGUUCAUAAAUAUUCGGAGUUUACAUGUUCUUUUAUCUUCCGUGCUUUUAUGACAUUCAUUAUUCACGUGAAAUGUUCAUUUAUUUAUGGAAAUAUAAUUUAAAAGUAAUAAAAUGUUUUCAUAUUUUUA